AUGAAUAUUGGUACACUUAUUGAAUCUAUUAAUUCAUUUCAAGGUAUUGAUAUAGUCGUAUCUUCGGAUAUGAAGUUUUCUAAUUACUGUUUUUUUAUUGCAAGCAAGGCACAUUCUCGUUCCUACUUACUUUUAAAAUCCUUCAUCAGUAACGAUUUCAAGCUCCUGAACAAAGCCUAUAAAAUUUAUGUUCGACCUAUGAUAAAAUCUUGUACCUCUGUGUGGAAUUCUCAUCUUUUAAAAGAUAUAGGUUGGUUAGAAAAGGUUCAGAAAUCUUUUACUAGAAGUGUCUGUGAAAGAUGCAAUAUUCCUUAUAAAGAUUAUUCUUCAAGACUUAACAUCUUCAAUCUAGAAUCUCAAAUUUUAUCUCGUAAUGAUCUAUAA